AUGGGUAUUCUCUUGGCCACUACCAGGGGCUCAAUACAAGACAUCAAAGGCAUAGACGCUGACACCAAGCUCAUGUUUAAGACCGUGUGGGAGAUACGCCAAAUGUCGUUGGUGGAGAUGGCGAUCGCGAGAGCGCCUUUCAUCGAUCAAUCUCAGUCGCUCAACAUUUAUAUCGAUGCUUCGAUUCAUCCCAAUGUGUACGCCAAGGUGAAUGCUCUUCAUCGCACAGCUUGGAGCAAGGGUCUCAAGACUGGAUUGUACUACCUGAGGAUACGCCCUAAAUACAUUACAUAUUAUUAUUAUGUGACACAGUUACAUCACAACAUAAGGGGGCAGUCACAGCCUGCCCUCUAA